CGUCUGGGAGAGACACAAAAGUUGUUCAGGGAAAUAGGCGCGAUGGCCAAUGCCUCCACAGAUCUGGACAACGCGGAGGCCCAGCGCCAGCUCAACAACAACAACACCCGUCUGGCCAGCAGCUCGGGACACUGGGAAACCGAGGUCACCAGCUCCAAGCUGUUUGAGUGUUCCCGCAUCAAGGCCUUGGCAGAAGAGAGAGAUGCUGUCCAGAAGAAGACCUUCACUAAGUGGGUGAACUCCCACCUGGCCAGAGUGUCCUGUCGGAUUGCUGACCUCUACAACGACCUCCGGGACGGCUACAUGCUCACAAGGCUGCUGGAGGUCCUGUCUGGGGAGAUGCUGCCGAGGCCCACGCGGGGUCGCAUGCGGAUCCACUGCCUGGAGAACGUGGACAAGGCCCUGCAGUUCCUCAAGGAGCAGAGGGUCCACCUGGAGAACGUCGGCUCUCACGACAUCGUCGACGGCAACCACCGCCUCACCCUUGGCCUCAUCUGGACCAUCAUCCUUCGCUUCCAGAUCCAGGGGAUUAAAAUUGAGUGUGACGACAACAGGGAGACUCGGUCGGCAAAGGAUGCCCUACUACUCUGGUGCCAGAUGAAAACCGCUGGGUACUCUGAGGUCAACAUCCAGAACUUCACCACGUGCUGGAGAGAUGGUCUCGCCUUCAACGCUCUCAUUCACCGACACAGGCCUGAUUUGAUUGAGUUUCAUAAGCUGAUCCGGUCCAAUGCCACACACAACCUCCAGCAAGCCUUCAACAUUGCUGAGCAGAACCUGGGGCUCACCAAACUCCUGGACCCUGAAGACGUGAAUACGGAGAACCCAGAUGAGAAGUCGAUAAUAACCUAUGUUGUGUCCUACUACCAUUACUUCUCCAAGAUGAAAGCCCUUCGAGUAGAGGGCAAGAGAGUGGGAAAGGUCUUGGACAGUGCCAUUGACGGUCAGAAGAUGAUCGAUCGAUAUGAGGCUCUGGCCUCUGAGCUCCUGGAUUGGAUCGAGAAGACAAUAGGCAUCAUCAGCAACCAAAAGUUUGCCAACUCCUUAACGGGUGUCCAGCAACAGCUUCAAGCCUUCACCACCUACUGCACCAUCGAGAAGCCCAUCAAGUUCCAGGAGAAGGGGAACCUGGAGGUGCUCCUCUUUACUAUCCAAAGCAAGCUCAGAGCUAACAACCAGAAACCAUAUGUGCCCCAUGAAGGGAAACUCAUCUCUGAUAUCAACAAGGCGUGGGAGAGGCUGGAGAAGGCGGAGCACGAGAGAGGCGUGGCACUACGGCAGGAGCUGAUUCGCCAGGAGAAGCUGGAGUUGCUGGCCCAGCGGUUUGACCACAAGACCACCAUGAGACAGGCGUGGCUCAACGAGAACCAGCGCCUCGUGUCUCAGGAUAACUUUGGCUACGACCUGCCAGCGGUGGAAGCUGCCAUGAAGAAGCACGAGGCCAUUGAGGCGGACAUCUCGUCGUACGAGGAGCGCAUCGGGGUGGUCGUGGAGCUGGCUGGGGAGAUGGAGACGGAAGGCUACUACGACAUCCGGCGCAUCUCUGCCCGAAAGGAGAACAUCCUGGGCCAGUGGAGCCUGCUGAAGGAGCUGGUGGUGGGGAGGAAGGCCCGGCUGGAGAAGAACCUGGCCCUGCAGAAGACCUUCCAGGACAUGGUCUACAUGAUCGACUGGAUGGAGGACAUGCAGGUCCAGCUCCUUUCCAAAGACUUCGGCAAGCAUCUGCUGGAGGUGGACGACCUGCUGCAGAAACACAGCCUCCAGGAAGCUGACAUCACAGUGCAGGCAGAGAGGGUGCAGACCCUUAACACAGCCGCUCUCAAAUUCACCACCAUCGAAGGCUACCAGCCCUGUGACCCCCAGGUGAUCUGCAACCGGGUCAACCACGUCAGCACCUGCCUGGAGGAGCUCAAGCAGCUGGCGGCCAAGCGGCGCUCGGAGCUGGAGGAGUCUCAGCACCUUUGGGCCUUCUUCCAGGAGGUGGAGGAGUCUGAGGCCUGGAUCCGCGAGAAGAGCUCGAUCCUGGCCGCCCAGACCUGCGGCAAGGACCUGAGCAGCGUGCUGCGGCUGCUCCAGAAACACAAGACCCUGGCUGGGGAGCUGCUGGCCCACCGCUCCCUCCUCCAACAGACCAUGAAGAAGGGCAAGCAGAUCCUGAUGGAGAAGAGUUUUGGCACGGGGGGCAUCCAGGAGCGCAUCAUGGAGGUGAAAGGGGAGUGGAAGAGGCUGGAGGACCAGGCGGCGCAGAGACUGGGCCACCUGCAGGAGGCACUCAACUUCUUCCAGUUCAGCACGGAGACGGACGACUUGUUGGCUUGGUUGCAGGACGCCUACCGCCUGGUUUCCAGCGAGGACUUUGGCCACGACGAGUACUCCACCCAGUCACUGCUCAAGAAGCACCGGGGUGUGCGCGAGGCCGUGGACAAGCACCGGCUGCAUGUAGUAACUCUGCGCAAACACAUGGUGGCGCUGCCACUGCACUACCGGGAGCUGGACGAGGUGCAGUCAAGAAUGGGCGAGGCGGAGCAGCUGUACACCGAGGUGGCCGAGGUGGCCGUCCUGAGGCAGCAGUGGCUGCACGACGCGCUGGCCGUCUACCUCAUGUUCAGCGAGGUCAACGCCUGCGAGGUGUGGAUCGACGAGAAGGAGCAGUGGCUCAACAAGAUGGAGGUUCCAGAGAGGCUGGAGGACGUGGAGGUCAUAGCCCAUAGGUUUGAGAGCCUGGACCAGGAGAUGAACAGCCUGAUGGGAAGGAUCCUGGACGUGAACCAGAUAGUGCAGCAGCUCCUGGACAGUGGUCACCCCAGCUCUACAGAGGUCAGAGGCUGUCAGGACCACCUCAACAGCAGAUGGAACCGCAUCGUGGAGAUGGUGGAGCAGAAGAAGGACCACCUGGACUCUGUCCUCCGUCUCCAGAACUACCUGCUGGAGUGUGCUGAGAUCAAGUCUCAGAUCCAGGAGAAGCGCAAGGCCAUCGACGCCACUCAGUACAUGGGCAGUGACCUGGGCGGGGUGCUGGCCCUGCAGCGCCGACUCUCCACCAUGGAGGGGGCCCUGGCCGUGCUGGAGCCCAAGCUGCUUCACCUGCAGCAGGAGGCAGAGGAACUGGCCAUCUCGCACCCGGCCAAGGCCAUGGAGGUCCUGGAGCCCUUCGAGGGCAUCAGUGUAGAGUGGGAGGAGCUGAAGCGCACGCUGCAGGGCUGCGAGGACUCUCUGAUGGUGGCGGGGCGGCUGCAGCAGUUCAUCCAGGACCUGGACUCCUUCCUGACGUGGCUGGUGCAGACGCAGACGGCGGCAGCUAGCGACGAGCUGCCCAACGCGCUGGAGGAGGCCGAGAGGCUGAUCAACCGCCACGCGGCGCUGAAGGAGGAGAUCGGGAGGUACGAGGAGGACUACGAGCGGCUGCAGGCGGUCAACGAGCUGCUGGAGGCCGAGGAGGCGCCGCUGCCAUACGCAGCGCUGCAGCAGUGGCUCCAGAAGCUGGAUGUGGGCUGGAACAAGCUGCUGGAGAUGUGGGAGAGCCGGAGGGAGGUGCUGGUGCAGGCGCACAUCUUCCACCUCUUCCUGAGGGACGUCAAGCAGGCCGAGGCCUUCCUCAACAACCAGGAGUCAGCUCUGGCCCACGUUGAACUCCCCGCCACGGUGGAGACGGUGGAGGCUGCCAUCAAGAAGCACAAGGACUUCACCACCACCAUGGAGCUCAACCUGCAUCGCAUCAAGGCUGUCAUCGAGGCCGGAGAGAGCCUCAUUAGCCAGAGCAACAUACUGGACCGUAUCAGGGAGCGUGUGGACACCCUCGCUAACAGAGGCAACCAGAACCGGGAGCUGGCCCAACAGUGGCUGGAGAGGCUCAACGGCCAGUGGGGGCUCCAGAGAUUACUACAGGACUGCCACGAGCUUGGAGACUGGGUGGCAGAGAAGAUGCUCAUGGCUCGUGACACGUCCCGCGAUGAGACGCAGAAGCUGCACAAGAAGUGGCUGAAGCACCAGGCUUUCAUGGCCGAGCUGGCCCAGAACAAGGAGUGGCUGGAGAAGAUCGAAAGGGAGGGCCAGCAGUUGAUCCAGGAGAAGCCCGAGCUGGGCCCGGUGGUGCGGAGGAAGCUGGGGGAGAUCCACGAGUGUUGGCAGGACCUGGAGAGCACCACCCAGGCCAAGGCCCGCCAGCUGUUUGAAGCCAACCAGGCUGACCUGCUGGUACAGAGCUACACCAGCCUGGACCAUCAGCUGCACCAGUUGGAGGGACAACUGGGCUACGUGGACCAGGGUCAGGACCUGACCAGCGUCAACAAGCAGCUCAAGAAGCUCCAGACGAUGGAGUGUCAGAUGGAGGAGUGGUAUAAGGAGGUGGGGGAGCUGCAGGUGGCGGCGGCCUCCGUCCCCCAGCAGGGCCAGGUCAUGGACACGGUCAGCGAGUGCCAGUCCGCCGUGGAGACGCGCAUCGUCCGCCUCAUCGAGCCGCUCAAGGAGCGCCGUCGCAUCCUUCUGGCCUCCAAGGAGGUUCACCAAGUGGGCCGGGACCUGGAGGACGAGAUACUGUGGGUGCAGGAGCGGCUGCCUGCCGCCACGUCUCAGGAGCACGGCUCCAGCCUGCAGGCUGUGCAGCAGCUCAUGAAGAAGAACCAGACUCUGCAGAGGGAGCUACAGGGCCAUCGGGCGAGGGUGGAGGACGUCCUGGAAAGAGCUAAUGUCAUCGCCUCCAUCCGCAGCCCCGAGGCUGACUGUGUGCGGGCGGGCCUGGAGCAGCUCAAUGGGCUGUGGGGUCUGCUGUGGGCCGAGACAGAGAGAAGACAGCUGGUGCUGGAUGCCAUGUACCAGGCCCAGCAGUACUACUUUGACACGGCCGAGGUGGAGGCCUGGCUCAGCGAACAGGAGCUGCACAUGAUGAACGAGGAAAAGGGAAAGGAUGAGCCCAGCACCCUGCAGCUACUGAAGAAGCACCUGGUACUGGAGCAGACGAUAGAGGACUACGCUGAGACGAUAGGCCUUCUCUCCCAGCAGUGCAGGCAGCUACUGGAGAUGGGACAUCCAGACAGUGAGCAGAUCAGUAAGCGUCAGUGUCAGAUGGACCGGCUGUACGUGUCUCUGAAGGACCUGGUGGAGGAGAGAAAGUCUCGUCUGGAGCAGCAGUACUGGCUCUACCAGCUCAACCGCGAGGUGGACGAGCUGGAGCAGUGGAUCGCCGAGAGGGAGGUGGUGGCCAGCUCGCCAGAACUGGGACAGGACUUUGAACACGUCACGAUCCUGCAGGAGAAGUUCACAGAGUUUGCGUCGGAGACGGGCAGUCUGGGUCAGGAGCGUGUGACGGCGGUUAACCAGAUGGUGGACGAGCUGAUCGACUACGGCCACGCCGACGCCGCCACCAUCGCCGAGUGGAAGGACGGCGUGAACGAGGCCUGGGCCGACCUCCUGGAGCUCAUGGAGACCCGGGCACAGAUGCUGGCCGCCUCGCACCAGCUCCACAAGUUCUUCACCGACUGCCGUGAGGUCUUGGCCCAAAUCGACGAUAAGCAGCGGAGGUUGCCCGAGGUGCGGGCGCGCCAGGGUGGCACCGCCAACACCAGCACCCUGCAGAGGCUCAUGCAGAGCUUCGAGCACGACAUCCAGCUGCUCGUCACUCAGGUGAGGCAGCUCCAGGAGAGUGCGGGUCAGCUCCGGACAAUCUACGCCGGGCAGAAGGCUGAGGCCAUCGCCGGCCGGGAACAGGAAGUGAUGCAUUGCUGGAAGGAGCUCUUGACUUCCUGCGAGGAGUGCCGAGUGCAGAUCACCACGGCAACAGACAAGCUGCGGUUCUUCGGGGUGGUGCGAGACCAGAUCAUGUGGAUGGACAGCAUCAUCUCUCAGAUCGGCACAGGGGACAAUCCAAGGGAUGUGUCCUCAGUGGAGGUACUGAUGAACUACCACCAGAGCUUGAAGAGCGAGGUGGAGGCGCGCAGCAAGAGUGUGCUGCAGUGCAUCGAGAUGGGCAAGACGCUGCUGGCGCGCAACCCUGCUGCUGAGGAGAUCAAGGAGAAGCUGGAUACGGUGGUGGCCAAGCAGUACGAGCUGUCUGAGAAAUGGGACAAACACUGGGAGGUCCUGCAGCACAUGCUGGAGGUGCACCAGUUUGCCCAGGAAGCGGUGGUGGCCGAGGCCUGGCUCACAGCCCAGGAGCCCUUCAUCAACAGCAAGGAGUUGGGCGCCAGCGUGGACGAGGUGGAGCAGCUCAUCCGCCGCCACGAGGCCUUCCGCAAGGCCGCCGCCACCUGGGAGGAGCGCUUCAGCUCGCUACGACGCCUCACCACGGUGGAGAAGAUGAAAGCGGAGCAGAGUAAGCUCCCUCCCACCCCCCUGCUGGGUCGUAAGGUGUUCCUGGACCCCCAGGAGACGUCCCCUGCCCGGAGCCAGGGCUCCCCCCUGAUGAGACGGAUCCUUUACGAGCAGGCCGAGCCCAGAGCCGAAAGGCCCCCCCAGGAACCAUCGCCCUCUUCCGUGGCCCGCCGCCUGGGCUCCACCGUUGCCAACUACACCCCCAUCAUGAACGGCUCCAGUGGCUACCGCAGCAGUCUGGAGGCCCGGGCCAUCCCCGUGAUGGGGGGAGUGGCUGGGGAUGUAGUCGGGGUGGCAGCCAGGCUGGGAACAGCCGCUGUGGAGGCAACAAAUUUAGGGACCACCGCCGCCAUGGAGGUCCGAGGGGUGGCAGCAGGAUUUGGGACUGCCACCUCUGAAGCCAGAGGGUUGGCAGCAGGAUUGGUCACCCCCGCGGUCGAGGCCAAAGGGAUAGCUGCAAGCUUGGUGACUGGGGCAGCCGCCGCAGUGGAGGUGAAAGCCUCGCAGUACCUCCGGCAGCCUAAGAUCAAACACAUGGACGACAUGGUGACGCCCAUGCUGGUGGCCUGUAGGCUGGAGAAGGCGAGAGAGAAGGAGGUGCGAGAGAGGGAGCAGAGAGAGAGGGAGAGAGAUAUUUUGUUAAUGGAGCCAGCGCCCGUGAUGCCGGUGAUGGCCGAGGUGGUGCUCCAGGAGAUGGGGAGGGAGGGGAUGGGCAGGGAGAGGCUGAACAGCGAGCCCAGCAGCAGAGACCACCGGGCGGGGAGCAGCCGGUCGGAGCCCCAGCAGAGAGACAGGGACAGAGACAGUAGGGACAGUAGGGACAGUCACAGGGAAGCCAGGCUGGAGCGCCAGCACUCUAGUGAGGCGCUGAUGAUCCAGGCGCGGCGGGAUGAGCUGCCCCAGGAGGUGUGGCGGGAACGGGCCGAGCGCAAAGAGAGGAAGCUGGAAAGGCAGACGUCCAGCGAGCAGGAGGGCCACGGACACGAGGGCCGGAGGAAAGACCGCCACCGGACGGAAAGACAGGAGUCCAGUGAACACGACACAGCCAAGGAGCAGUCAGACAGACGUUCUACGGAGAAAAAGUCAGGUGGCCAGACCUUGUUUGAUAUAGUGGAGCAGCUAAAAGAGAGAGAGGCAGCAACGGCACGAGGGGAGGUGUCAAAAGUGCCGAACGGCGUGCCAGAGAAGUCUUCCGGACGUCCAGACCGGCCGCGAGCGAGGGAUCGUCCUAAGCCCCGGCGGAGACCCCGGCCCAAGGACCCAUCUGCAGGAGAGGCCACCACCCGGCGGUCGCGCUCGGCGCCGGAGCCAGGGGUGGCUCAGGGCGUGAGUCCUUCGGUCCCCCAGCCUCCCAGCCACACAGCCCACCACGAGGGCUUCCUCUUCCGCAAGCUGGACAUCGAGACCAUGAGGAAGAGCUCUAACAGCAGAUCCUGGGUCAACCUGUACUGUGUGCUGAACAAAGGAGAGAUAGGCUUCUAUAAGGACGCUAAGAACACCGCCACACCUUACAACAACGAGCCCAUGCUCAACCUCGGCCACUGCCACUGCGACGUCACCCUUGGAUACAAGAAGAAGAAAAACGUCUUUACUCUUAAAACGAAAGACGGAAGUGAAUUUCUGUUCCACGCAAAGGAUGAGUCACAGGAUGAUCUAAAGGCCUGGACCACCAACAUCAACAAGAGCAUCGCAGAGCAUGAGGAGAUUGCCAAAUGGGGUCAGCCCCAGCCUACUACCUCAUCCACGGACGAGGGCACGCGCCGCGACGGCAGCAAGGCCGAUAACAAGUCUGACCGGGGGGAAAGGCCGGAGAGGGCCGAGCGCUCUGAGAGGUCGGAUAAGGGUGAGACCAAAUCGGACACCAAGCGUUCAGAAAAGUCCAGCAAGAAGAAAUGAGUUUGAUGUCGUGCGGUGGGUGGGGGAAAGGGAGAGGGGUAUAAAAGACUCCCAGUCAAGACCCAACCCUUUCCUCUCAUCUGUCUGCGAUAGUUCUGUUUAGUGUCGAAAAAGACAGGAAAAUCACCCUGGUGAACUGACAUGAGGGAUUUGAAGCACGAAUAUCAGUGUGCCCCUCCUCGUUGCCCUCUCUCUUUAUCUCUGUUGCUCUGAGGGUGUCAGACCUGGUCACUAACACUUAUUGCCUGGCUCGUUCCACCUCUGUCCUCUAGUGGUGACACCUGUGCACUGCAGAAAGCAGAUCCUCCGUCAGGGCAGCAAUGUGAGAGAGAUGGACACUCAUGUAACAAGAGGGUUGUCACUGGUAGUAUGAAAAAGUAGCUCCUAAAGUUUUACGUUUUAUUUUUUGUAAGAGAUGAGCUGUAUCUGUAUGUAACUCUUGUCUGUCUAUUUAUGUAUUGUAUGUCUCGAACAUCCAAUUGUAUACUCCCGAACAAAAGAGAAUGAAAUAUGCCUAAAUGUUUGACAAAACUGGCCUCUUUUUGAAGAACAAUUAUUUUCUGUUUCCUUUUUUUGUAUUUCUGCUCGUUCACUCUGCCAUCAUUUUUUUCUGGACUCUCUUUUCUCACUUUGACUUUCUUCAGUACAAAACUGUAAUAUCAUCAAACUCAUCCAAAUUGAAUUUGUACAAUUCAACAUUGAGCCAGGAGAAAGAGAAGAGGCAGGUAACAACAGUCUUCACAAAGCUUGUUCUGGCUUUUGAAUGGAUGACCUGGAACCUUCACCCGGAGGCUAGGCUGGCCCCCAAGGCCAUACUCAGCUAUGCCUUCAUCUGGGGCCCCCGAGAGGCCCCCAGGGACCCAGCAGCCAUAGCCACCCAGCACCAGAGGGAUAGGACUGGAAGCCAUCUCACAAGACCAAAUCCUCCCCCUUUCUUCUCAAAGACUAUCAGAUGGUGGUAAUCGCACUCCACAUACCCAGUCAACAUUAUUUUUGUCCAUUCAGAAAAUAUCACAUUGCUUUUUAUAGACAGUCAAAGAGAAAUUAAGUUGUAUGUGUGUGUCUGUUCAGCUGCUCACCACUCCCAGGGUUUUCAUAGCUCAGGUUUUUCUGUUCACAUCUGCGUCCUCAGUUCUCCCUCAGUCUUCCAGGCACUGCCGUUCCACAGGCCAGGCUUCUAACAGCUCAACUAACCACAGGAGUUGAUGAGGACACAGCAAGGUUCUAAGUUCAGGGGCCACACAGAAGUAAUACUGUGCCGAUUGGUCACUCCAAGGCCUCAGGAGUGCAAGUCGAUGUCAGAUGGAUGUAAACAAAAGCUUCUGGAUGAAUGAAUCACAUGCAUGUCUUGCUUGGGAUACAUCUCUUGUUCCUCUCACAGUAUGUAGCUAUCAGUAAUGAUGUUCACUUUGUUUCUAUCCAUGCAUCAUGCAGUACAAUUGUCUGUUUGUCUUAGCACUGCAAAGCCAUAUUUGGUAACGGGAAGUCUUACAUUAUGGAAGCAGGUGGACAAAUCCUUUGCCUGUUCCUUACAUCAGAGAUUUGUACAGAUUUGUGAGGAGUGACGGCGACGAGAUGGUACAGUGCAAAUAUCAUGAGCUCUUUCCCGAGUAGCUUUUUCUACCUUGUUUUUUGAAAACACAUUUUAUGCAUCUAUAUAGGCGUCGAAUGCCAAAUCAGUGCAAUCCAUAACGCUUGUUGGACACAGCAAGGCAAGGAUCAGCAGAACUUAUUUUUGAAUGAACAUAGCUAUCACACGGAAUGUGAAAUACAGUACAAUACAUGACAUAGGACACACUCAGAUAGGGCACUGUGGACAUCGAUGAGAUUCUGUGGUGAAUUUCGAGACUCGUAUGACACACGACUGCGUGGCAUACAGUACAAUUAGCAUAGUGUAGUGGGGAGGAUUCUAGCAAUAAACUGCUAGUCUGCUGAAUUCUUGCAUUCAGGAGAUUCACUGUGCAGUAUUCACUACUAUCUGUUGUUAAGUCUACUCUAAUCUUGCCUGGGCAGCUCGUAUGGAGGAUGGUCUCAUUCCAAAAACAUUAUGCUCAAUAAAAACGAGUUGGUCUCAAAUUGAUGUACGUAACUGUCUGAAACACUAAUUUGGAUGUCUCCGAAUGGUAACUUUGUUUGGAAAUGUUAAUUACCAUUGCGUUCUCUGUGUACUCCUGUCACAGAUCUCCUAUUUGUAUGCCAUAGUCUCACUCUAAACAGAUGGUAUGCGGUCCAAGUAUUAUGGUGGCUUCGGGAGGUGGCCAAGGAACUCAUUGUUGAUGCGAAACGAGAAUUUAUAUGCAACUUUUCCUUUGCACUAAAACGCUCCCCCAUUGCACAGUGCUAUUGCUUGAAGAGCAGUGGUGCUUCAGGGUCCUAGAGGGAAAUGUGUUUAUUGGAUUACAGGAGAAUGAGGUUUGAAUUAUUUUCAUGAAUGAACAUGAAGAACACCAGCCUGAAAAGUGUAUCAUGUUCAACCGUGAUAUGAGAUCUCAUAUGGCUGUUUCUCUUGUCUUGCUUGUUACACUUUACUAACAGCUGGACUUCCAGCUACAGAGCAUGAAGUACGGUCACAUCCUAAAGCCAAACAUGCCUAUACAAUUAUUCAUGUUAAGGUUUCAUUCAGUAGCUAUCUGGAUAAAUGACCAGUAGUCAUUUUUCCAAAUGUUGGCCAACCCGUCUGUUGUCAUGGCCAAGGGCCCGAUCCAUGUUAUCCUGUACUUUUCUGUCCCACAGAGGGCAAUUUGAGCUUAUAGACUUUCAAAUUACAAACCAGCUGGAUGUUGUUAAUGACUAGAAAGCACAAUUUUAUAACCUGCAGUUGAUGCACACGAGCAUUAGCGUGUCACAGGGAGACUUGUGAGAGGAAUCUCAUUAUUGAUACAAUGCUUCUGUAUUAGCUGUGCAGUCAUGAUGUUUCAGUUAUGUUAGAACAUUGCGUAACUGGGCAUCUGUAAUGUGUGAUGUGCUUUAAGUCCUGGAGUGCUUCCUUCAUGAAAGCAUUCACACCGCAACCGUUAAAAAUCAAUAGUCUAAUGCCGUAAUAAACUCAAAUCCGGAUUUUCUAGAAUACGUUUUUUUUUUUCAUUUCGGGGAAUAAUGAUUUUGUUGCUGUUUUCAUCCAGGAUGUUCUAUUGUUAGUUGUUUAACUAAGUCAAUGCUCAACACCUACUGUUCAUUCCCUGACCUUUGACCCUAGAGCACCACUGUUUUUAGGGAACUACUGAAUGGAUGUUUUGCAAAUUUCAACAGCUUGAUGACCUGUACAAUAUGUAAUUGCUUAAUGUAUUUUUUUGCUGUGAAAAGGAAAAAAAUGUUGUUUUUUUGGGGGGGGGGGGAUAUUCAUGGGGCAAAUGGUUCAUUUGUACAACAUCAAUGGAAAACAUCACAAUAUCAGGACACAAGUUGCAUGAAUUACAUAGUCGCUAUUAUGAUACUGCUCUGCAUGUUUUGAAGUCUCAUCCCGUCGCUAUACAAUCACUGUACAAUAAUGGGGUGACACACUUACGUACAUGGAAAAGGUGAAUGAAUGAAUAAUAAUGUAUAAAACAGAUCCAACUUAACCAUUGACUGUGUACAGUUGUUUCUUUGAAAUUAUAAAUACAAAUUGUGAUA